AUGGACGAGAACGGAAACAUAGUAUACGAGGGUUCAUCGUAUGAAGAUACCGCCUCCGACUUUUCCAACGAUGCUGAUGCUGAAGAACUCAAGCAGCAUCGGCGCACAUAUCGCGAAGCCACGCAACAGUACCGCAAGAGCCGUCGGGCUCUUUUGCUUUCCGGGUUUUCGUCCUUUGCAUCCUCGCCUUCAUCCGAAGAACUUGGAACUGUUUCACCCACUGAAAGAGACAACUCAUCUCAGAGUCCGCCAGCUUCCAUCUACAAUCCACGACGAAGCAGCAAUGCGCAAGACUCCUACUAUCAGCCCCACCUCGCAGAGGCGGUGGAUAGCGCAGAUGCAGGAGGCCGAGCAGAUGGUUUGCGGUUCGACUACGACUCCGGGGGUGACACCAGUCGUUACGUCAGAGCUUCCGAGAGUCAUGCGCACACUCCACCACAAAUCAAGCCAGAGCCUCAAGACUUCUCAAAGCAUGCUCAGGUGCUCGAUAACGAAGCAUUCCUUACACCUACAGGCAUACCCUCGAAUCAAAAAACGCCUAAUGGCAAAUUUAUCGACUCACACCUGAUGAACGGUGCCGUGUUCGAUCAACACUGUGCUCGCCCGUUCCCACCGGCCCGAACACAUUCUUCGCGGCUCUCCCAGUCAACUUUAAUGACACCAUCUCCUGCUCAAAGAGCUGGCGAGAUCAGCUCAGAGGGCCUCCAGAAGCGACACUCUUCACAAGAUCUGACGCCGUCACCGCCUAUCCUUGAGCACGAGGCACGCGAGCCAACCGAAGCCUACCAGACCCCAAGAUCGAGCUUCGCUGCGGUCUGCGAGGACAUCAAAUUCGACCGCUCGAUCAUGCAGGAUCCGCUUUUUGAGCAGCGGAAUAAGGAGGAGCAAACCGGGCCGGAUGCUGCGACCGUCCCACGUCGCCAGGACCACACUCCAUUCAGCUUGUGGGACUACCUCAAAGAGGAAGUUCUGGCCACCGACUUUGAUGCUACACAAGAGAUGAAAUGGGAAAGGGUCACCAAUUUCAUCUCGAUCCCGUUUUGGAUGGAAAAGAUCAUCAUGUUUGGCUUCAUCGUUUGUCUCGACUCGUUUCUCUACACUUUCACCAUUCUGCCGCUUCGCUUCGGCGUCGCUAUGUGGGCCUGGAUCAGCAACAGUGCCAGAUGGAUUCUAGGUGGACAGAAACGCUAUCUGCAUUCUUCGCACAAGUGCGACAUUCUCAAAAUGCUGCUCAUCAUCCUCACUUGUUUCAUUCUGUCUCGUAUUACCGACGCCAGUAAGAUGUACCAUUCCGUCCGAGGUCAGGAUGUUGUUAAGCUUUCCGUCAUCUUCAACGUGCUCGAGAUUGCGGAUCGCCUUUGCUGUAGUUUUGGACAGGAUCUGCUCGAUUCACUCUUCUCUCGCAGCACCCUCGCCCGCCGCAAGAACGGCAAACAACCGUAUCUCCGACCCAUCGGCUUCUUCUGUCUCAGUCUCAGCUACGUGCUUGCGCACACGCUCGUCCUCUUCUACCAGCUCGUGACACUCAACGUCGCCAUCAAUAGCUACGACAAUGCACUUCUCACCCUCCUUCUUUCCAAUCAAUUCGUCGAGAUCAAGUCGAGCGUGUUCAAGAAAUUCGAAAAGGAAAAUGUCUUUCAAAUGACAUGCGCCGACAUUGUCGAGCGAUUCCAGCUCACCCUCAUGCUCUCCGCUAUUGGUCUUCGCAAUCUAAUAGAGCUGUCGGGAGGAUCGGUCGAACCUUCGGCGAGCCCGUUACCUGCAAGCUUCACCGUGUUUCCGAGUCUCAGUCUACUUGAGACGGUUCUCACACCUGUAUGCAUUGUGCUUGCAAGCGAGUGCAUCGUCGACUGGCUCAAGCACGCCUUCAUCACCAAGUUCAACCAUAUUCGACCCGCCGUGUACGGUCGGUUCAUGGACGUGCUUUGCCGAGACCUCGUUGUGGGAGGACCGUCAUCAAAGGAGAACAGCCGCAAGCAUACCUUUGUCGACCAGAGUCCCAUCAUCAGCCGCCGUCUCGGCUUUGCUGCGCUCCCUCUGGCGUGUCUGCUUGUGCGGCUUAUCCUACAGAUCAUCAGCAUGAUUGGAGACACAAGCCACAUUGACGAGUUCAUCGAUCCCGUUAGCCCACGCAUCUCAGAAACGGGCUGGAUCGGUGUCGUUGCUCGGAAACUUGGUGCCAGCGAUAUCGACAAUGAUUGGGUGCGUGCCCUCGACCUCUUCGUCCGUGGCUCCGCAUGGGCCUUGACCCUUGUCCUUGCUUGGGCCUUUCUCGUUGCGAUCAAGCUGCUUCUCGGUACCAACCUCGUCAGCUUUGCCUCUCACCGCUACGCCACCAUGCACGAGCGUGAAAGAGAGGAGGAUCUCAACGCUAGAGACAGAGCUCCAAUCGGAACCAACAAAGACGAGAGAAGCUAUGAAAAGUCACUCGGCCGCUUCAUCGACAAGCCGGAUGAUGAUGCGAUCCUGAUCAAGCUCGACGGCACACAUGUUCCUCCGACGCCGAAAGACAAAGACAAGGCCAAAGACGGAGGGCAGCAAAAGGCGAAACAGGAGAAUUCGCUCAUGGAGGUUAGUCGCUACAAUAUGGUCCGCUCGCGCAUUUGGUAA